GUGCCAAAAAAUCAGAAAUUAUAGGCUGCUGCUACCGAUAGGCAAGUGGCUCUUAGUGAACAUUAGCGAGUUAACGUUAACACAUUCUACUAAUUGUUAUCUUGUUUAUUGCAGAAAGUUUAGAGGGCUAUGGCUAGAGGAGAAGGAGUUGAACACUCAAGUGCGAGUUUGUUAAGUAACGUUAACGUUAAUGGCAAUGCUAAAUUGGACACCGAUGUCAUAGGACUAGCGAGAAAGCGAGAGCAGAGAAGUCGUCUUUCCAUUUGCAAUAAACUGUGCUAUGGCAUCGGAGGAGCACCCUAUCAGAUCACAGGAUGUGCUCUUGGCUUUUUCCUGCAGAUAUACUUGUUGGAUGUUGCUCAGCUGGAUCCCUUUUAUGCCUCCAUUAUCUUGUUUGUGGGUCGGGCAUGGGAUGCCAUCACCGACCCAACUGUGGGUUUCCUGGUCAGUCGGACCCCCUGGACAAGAUUUGGUCGUAUGAUGCCAUGGAUCCUGUUGUCUACUCCACUAGCUAUCAUUUCCUACUUCCUCAUCUGGUACGUCCCUGAUCUGGACCAUGGCAAGGUGGUUUGGUACCUGGUGUGGUACUGUCUCUUCCAGACAUUGCAGACAUGUUUCCAUGUGCCCUACUCUGCACUCACCAUGUUCAUCAGUCACGAGCAGAAGGAGAGGGACUCGGCCACCGCCUACAGAAUGACCGUGGAGGUCCUGGGUACAGUUAUUGGGACAGGCGUCCAGGGACAGAUUGUGGGCAUGGCCAAUGCGCCCUGCAUCAACUCUACCCUGGCUCCACUGGAUGCUGAUCACAAUGCCACCCAUCCAAGCCAAAAUGCCACCCAUCUCUCUCUGAUGCCAGUUGACCUCACCCACACAAGGAACGCCUACAUGAUCGCUUCGGGCAUCAUCUGUGCCGUCUACGUUCUCUGUGCUGUGGUUCUGUUCUUUGGAGUAAGGGAGCGCAAAGAUCUUGGACAAACGAAGAACGAGCCCAUCUCAUUCUGGCAGGGUAUUCGUCUGGUGCUGGGACAUGGAGCAUACACCAAAUUGGUCAUGGGCUUUCUCUUCACGUCGCUGGGUUUCAUGCUCCUGGAAGGCAAUUUUGCACUGUUCUGCUGCUACACACUAGGCUUUCGAAAUGACUUCCAGAAUAUUUUGCUGGUCAUCAUGCUCUCCGCAACCCUUACCAUCCCCUUCUGGCAGUGGUUCCUUAUGCGCUUUGGCAAGAAGACGGCUGUUUUCGUCGGGAUUCCGUUCGUAAUACCAUUCCUGGUGCUGGUGGUCUUCGUGAAGAGCAACCUUAUUGUGACCUACAUCGUGUCAUUUGUGGCUGGAGUCAGUGUUGCAGCUGCCUUCCUGUUGCCAUGGUCUAUGCUACCUGAUGUUGUUGACGACUUCAAGGUGAACAACCCUUCCUUGCAAGGCCACGAAGCUAUAUUCUACUCUUUUUAUGUGUUCUUCACCAAGUUUGCCUCUGGAGUGUCACUUGGCGUCUCGACUCUGAGCCUUCAUUUUGCAGGGUACAUCACAAAUGGCUGCACACAGCCAGAGCAGGUAGGCUUGACGCUCAAAAUUCUGGUGUCAGCUGCUCCCAUUGGACUCCUCCUCAUCGGCCUUGUGAUCUUCAUUUUCUACCCAAUAAAUGAGGAGACGCGGCAACGGAACCGUAAAAUGCUACAGCACCAGAGGGAGAGAGAGCUAGACUCUGAAUCAGAGUCCACGGAGUCGGGCAGUUCUGUCUGAAUGUCUGCGGACCAGGCUGAGCACAAUCAAUUUUGCUUCCCGAGCCUGAGGAUGAGCUGAUUGACCCAGACCAAGAUCAGCUGGUGGGACUGGACUGCUUGGGGGAUCUCAGUGCUAAGAUGGUGAUCAUCAUCAUCUCCACAGGUGUCUGUGCCUUUCACAGGGCAGUGAGAUUGAGCCAUGAGACUUGACUGUGCCUUCUCCAUCUCAGACCACAAAUGUACUGUUCGCAAUAUUUCACACAAUAUAACUGUUAUUUAUUUUGUUGCACAAAGCCUUAUAAUGUGAUGCUGCCUUGAACUGUUUUGGUUGGCAUUAUGUGAGUAACCAGUGCAGCUGCUGCCUGGCCAAAUGGGAUUGAUGUCAUGUCGGUGCACUUGACAAGAUAAUGCACUAUGGAAUUCAUACCUUUUCACAGGGGGUGGGGACAUUCAGAAAUGUGACAACACAUUUAUUUUCAUAUAUUCCUCACUAAUGAUGGAAAGUUGACAUGCAGAAAUGUAUUUGUCACCCAGUGCGCAUGUUCAAGGCUUCAUGGUGAAUGAUGAAUGUAUUUUCUACUGUUUACAAGGUGAGGCUAAUCCGUUUGAGGUAUGUCACUUUAAAGACUGCCUUUUCAGAAUAUUCUUGCUGGAUCAUGCUCAAUACUUGAACAGACAUGGACAUCCUUCAGAUAUACUGUACAUGACCAAGUCAGAAUCAUUGCCAGGGGUGGAUGGGUUAAAACGUUGCAUUAUUCAGCACAGCACUUCUCCGCUCUCAUUUUCGAAGGAUCUGUCAAAUACUGCUGAAUGUACAGUAGGUAAGAUUGUCUUGACGGAGCCAGAACUGUCAGAAACAGAGGUGAACAAUGAUAUUUAAGUAUUUAUUACAUUUGUUUGAAAUAUUUUUGAGAGUUUACGUAUAUUCUGCACUUGUAAAUGUCACAAUUUUGUUUCUGUGCCCCGAUUAAAGAAUAGAUUUUAUAUUGAUUGGAAACAUGUAAAAGAUGUAUUGGCAAAAUGGAAACCCGCAACAUGAGUUUGAUAUUUAUCUUAUUGUGUUGUUCUACCGUAUUCUUCUCAAUGCCCAAAUAUGCUCAUAAAAGGGAAGUGCAGUUGUGAAAGUUUGUGUCAGAGUGUGUCAUGGAUUACUUUAUUUUUGUCUGCAUAUCUGUAAAUCAAGGUGUGAUUCAGGUCUUAAUGAGAUUGCCCAUAUGAGACUAAAAUUGUGAUAUUAAUAUAUGGUCUGUGUUCUGUAUAUUGAUUUGUAGGUGAACAUAAUAUGUUAUAAACAUAUUAUGGAGAUAUCUAGACAAAAUAUUGAGAUCAGUACACUUGGGUCUGAGAAAUGUAAUGGCCAGAAAUAACAUCUUUCUGCCAUGAAUGAAUUAUUAUUUUCCAAACAACUCACUAUUCUCUGACAUUCCAAUGAAUACUGGACCUUUUUGUAACCAAAUGUUCUCUGAAAAGCUACCUACUUUUGAUGUGGGUUAGGGCUGUCCGUCGAGAUUGAGAAUUCAGUUGGGAAACUUUUACUGUGAAUAUGUACAUGAGGUUGUAAAGUUUUGUAAAUAUUCUUUUGUUAACAUUGGAAGUGGAUGUGCCUUCUUAAAGCUGUUUGAAUAUAGCUGUUAAAAUAUUGUACAUGAACUGUAAAUAGCCUAAUUGUUAUAGAAUAUAAUUCUGGAUAAUUUAAUUAUACAUAAUCAGUGUAAAGCUGUGAUUAAACAGUCUCAGCUCAUAACGAUUGUAUUAAUACUACAUAAUGCAUGGAAAGCAAAAGUCAAAAGAUUACACUGUUUGCUUUAACUAAUCAUUUGCAUGUGCAGUGUUAGGAAUUGGAUUGUAUUUUGACUGUUGCUAUAGACAACACUAUUGUGUCAUAAGCUAACAAGUACGAUGGGGUCAUGGGUAUUCCUCAAUUAUUUGGGUGGUCAUGUCUACCUUGAAACCCCCAUUGAAUUAAAAUGGAUUUUCCCGAA